AUGGAUGGCUCGCGCAAUGCUGGACCAACGGAAGUCUCAGUGGUCGGACUGAGCGAUUCGGCAGGUAGGUCAUCCAGCGAUGCGGCGAUUUGGAAUAGGGACGAAGACUCAUCAUCGACCCCCGAAGGAGACCUCGCCCGUACAUCGGAGCAGCUUUGGCCACCGAAUGUAUGA